UUCUUGUCCCACUCUCCUCCGGAGCACAGCAAGAUGGAGCAGAAAUAACAACGCUCACAGCAGCACAGACAUCAUUUCAUGUAUUUAUUUAACAGGCUUUGAGAGCUGCUCGUGGUCUGUUGUUGUCAUCACGCUGCCACAGUAACUCCUUCGGUCGACGGAGCAAGGCUCGCUGUUCACUACACUUUUCAGCCUCAGCAUCACCACCUCCAUAUCACCUCGCUCCCAGCAUGCCGACUUCUUACUGCCCUUUGCCUUUACACAGCUGUAGCCCCUUAUCAGUCUCUCCCACCCGGGCUCCCAGCCCACUGCAGAUAAGGAGUUUAUCUUCCCACCGCGCCUUCCCCGUCAGCACGCUUCGGUACCGGGGAGCCUCACGGCCCCGCCGCUCCCCACCGCCACACCCCCGCCGGGACUGGCCUCGGCUCACGCCCAACCCCGAGCAGGAAUGCCCCAAAGAGCGGCGGCGGGCGCUGCCCGACCCCUCCGCAGCCGCCAGCGCCGCCUGCGCGGCGGGAGCCCGCUUUGGAAGCAGGGGGCGUGCCCUGCCCCGCCCCUCGCGGCCAAGCCCUGCCCCUUGCAGGCACGGCUGGAGCGGGAUCCGCAGCGCCCCAGCGGGCGGGCGCUGGCGGAGGCGGGGCGGCCACCGCGGGCAGGCCCCCGGGUCCGGGGUGCGGUUGCGGUUGCGGUUGCGGCCGCGGGCGGCGCCGCCUGCAGCACCGAGCCCGGGCAGGGCGGGCGCCGCGGCGCCCCUGGGGAGCCCUCCCGAGCCGGGUGCGUGGAUGGUCCGUGUGUAG